UCGCGCGUGUUGGAGUGUCGUUGCUCCGCGCGUUGGCCGCGGUGUGUCUGUGCAGUGUCGUGUCAGGGUGUCGAAGUGGCGGGAUUCCUUGCCGCAGGACGGGGGGCACAUGCCCCCUUCCACCAGCACCACAUUGGUAAAAGUCAGUGUCUCGUGUCGAUAGGAUUUUGAAAAAUAGAUUUUUUACGUGUUUUACGACUGAACUUUGAAUGUGACUAGCAGCAAUGCCGACGUACGGAGGACGUGGCGAGGCAGGCGGCGCGAUGGCUUGCGCCGGCUGCGAAAAGCCUAUCCUGGACAAGUUCCUCUUGCAUGUGCUUGAGCGAGCAUGGCAUGCGGCGUGCGUGCGCUGCGCGGACUGCCGUGCUCCGCUUGCUGACAAAUGCUACUCAAGGGAUAACAAAUUGUUCUGUAGAAAUGAUUUCUUUAGACGUUACGGAACUAAGUGCAGUGGCUGUGGGCACGGCAUCUCGCCUUCCGACUUGGUACGAAAAGCCCGAGAAAAGGUGUUCCACCUCAACUGUUUCACCUGCCUCGUCUGCAGGAAGCAGCUGUCCACCGGCGAAGAACUAUACGUCUUAGACGACAACAAGUUUAUAUGCAAAGAGGAUUACUUAGCUGGGAAGGCGCCAACGCAUUCUGAUUCACUACUCGGUUCUGGUUCAGACGAGGAAGAAGAGGAAGAGUCGAGAGCAGCAAACAACUCUAGCAGUCCGGCGCAUGCGCCCCAUCCAGCGCUACAUUCUGAACUAUCACACAACGGCGACACGAAACCGCACGAAGACUCUGAGGACCAGUUGUUCUUCUUCCCCUCCCAGGGUUCAUUGGACGGUGAUCCUGAAACUCGGGACUCCCAGGCAGAGAACAAAUCGCCUGAUGACGGUAACGGCGGCUCCAAAAGAAGAGGACCGAGAACUACGAUAAAGGCGAAGCAGCUGGAAAUAUUGAAGUCGGCUUUUUCACAAACACCGAAACCUACACGGCAUAUACGGGAACAGCUGGCGAAAGAAACGGGACUGCCUAUGAGAGUUAUACAAGUCUGGUUCCAGAACAAGCGGUCAAAAGAACGUCGUCUGAAACAGCUCACGUCAAUGGGCAGAGGACCAUUUUUCGGGUCCUCCCGCAAGAUGCGAGGGUUCCCAAUGAAUCUGUCGCCUGGAGGCCUCGAGGAAGGGCCGCCGGGGUUCCCAUACUUCGCGACAGCCGAUGGCAAGUUCGAGUUUGGCUAUGGCCCGCCGUUUCACCAUGAUGCACCGUUCUUCCAUCCUCCUCCGUCGAUGCCAUUCAAUCAGCCAGGUCGUUUCGCAGGUGGCAUGGAGACGCUGCAGGGCGGCGAGUUCCCUGAGCAAUUCCCUCCACCGGAUCACCUCGUUCUCCCGCGGCCUUCGUCCCCUGAGUUCACCUUUGGAGACGCCCCGCCACCCCUCCAUCCCGAGGGUCUGGUGUGGUAGCUGAAGCCGGAGCCGCGAGACUACCACGACUGAUGCGGCUCGACGGGUUUUUAAGUGGACUGAGUGAUAACGAAGUGACGUUUACAUGGCAAAGCGUAUGUCUCAUACGGCCAAAAGUGUUUUACAUAAGGAAUUUAUUUAAUUUUAAUUUUUUUUUUUGAUAAUCUUGAAUGGACAAAUUUUAUAAAUAAUGCUAAGGCUUACAAACCAUACAGCCGUUAUUAUUUAGUUCUUUUUUCAUGUUUAAAAUAUUACACAGAUAAUAAAUUUAAAAAAUCGGACAACACAAUAUGAAAGUUGUCCGAUUUUUUUUAUGAAUAGCUUCAUUAUGCUCUGUAACUUAGCUUGAAAUAUUUUUAAAUUUUUCAAUGAAUUACUUUGAAGUUUUAUUAAAUUCAGUAGCCGACCCUUAGCCAUUAAUAUAUUCCGAUAUUUAAGGCAUUUUAUAUGCAAUUAACUUGUUAUUAUAUAAAUGUGAAUAGUGUACAGAAAAAAGAUUUUAUAAUAUCAAUAUUACCUACAUUAAGUUAAAUAAAAAAAAUAAUUUAUUUACAAUUAGCGUUUGAGUAUUAGAUAUACUUUUUGGUUCCUAUUUUAAGAGUAGUUACGCGUUUUAAUUUUUUUAUUUGUAUUUAUUAAUUAAUUUCUAAAAAAACGUUUUUAUAGCUAUGUACAUGACUAGAUAAAUAAAUAUUAAAUGGGUAUGUAUAGACGGAUACAUUGGUUAAAAUGUAUAUGUAAAUAAAAUAUUUGUAUAUAACAUUAUAUAGCUGGGAUUUCGUGUAUUAUAAUUUAUAUAACAUACUUAUAGGUUAAAAUGUAAUAAAUAGUUAUAUGCACUAUUACAUUAAUUGUUUUACACAAUAAAAUAAUAAUUAUUAAUAAAAAAAAUAUCCUAUUAAUUUUAAU